CGAAGCCAGGAUGGUUUCCUCGAACUUCUGUGCAUCUCUCCUUCGUGCUCGGUGAACGGCUCUCAUGGUUUGCUGUACAUAGCUGUUUUCUUUCUCGAUUCUUGUAAAUAUGGACUCUUCGCAAGAACCGGCGUUACGUGUUCAAAUCACGAACAUCGACCAUACGAUGGUCAACCCUUCUGAACUCGACAAUACCCUCUUGCCCAAGGCUCCCGUCAUUCGCAUCUUUGGAACCUCGUCAACGGGCCAGAAGGCAUGUUUGCACGUCCAUCAGGUUUACCCUUAUUUUAUGGUAGAAUAUCCGGGAAAGACCGAUCCCGAUAGCGUGAACCGCUACAUUGGCACUCUUAUCCGCUCCCUUAACCUCGCUCUUGCAGUCUCAUACAAACGCAAUCCUGACUCCCCAAACUGUCGCUUCGUACGAGCCAUCGUCCUUGUCAAGGGCGUUCACUUCUACGGUUUUCACUCUUCCUAUUCACUCUUCCUCAAGAUCCACAUCGUCGACCCAGCAUAUUUUACUCGGAGUAUAGCCAUCAUGCAGUCUGGAUCCGUCAUGGAUACUCGCUUUCGGGUAUUCGAGGGCCAUCUAAGCUUCAUACUACAAUUUCUGUGCGAUUUCAACCUUUAUGGAUGUGGAUGGAUUGAAUUAGGGAAGGUCUGGCAGCGGGGUGGCAGAGACGCGAUUAUUGACGUUCUAGGCGGCAUUCAGGUCAAAGGGGGUGCAGACGACAGUAUAGAUCUCAGUAUAGACGAGGAAAUUGACCUACCCAAAUUCGAGGAAUCGCCCUGCUUUCGCCAGAGUCGGGUGACACUCGAGGUCGAUACCCUCGCCGCACAUAUCCUCAAUCGUCACCAACUCAGCGCACGAAACAUCCACCAUAAACUGACUAUCCCUGCUGAUCCACUCCCUCCUGACCCUCUCGUGCUGUCGGUCCGAGAAUUGUGGGAGGACGAACGAAGAAGGAGGAGCGCUGCUGGAUUGAAUCCUUCGCCACCGAUGCCUGUGGACCCCAGCGAGGCUUCAAGAGGGCGUGGUGGAGAUUGGGUGUCCGAGGAACGGUCGUGGGCUGAGAUUCGGAAGAGGAUAGCUAGAGAAAAGGGGAAGGAGAAGCCCACGAAAGAGGAAGAGUGGGAGAAGUGGGUCAUGACAGUGUUUGAGAGCAUCGAGGCUUUAUGGCCCAGCGAUCUCAAGACUCGGAAACGAACUCGCACGGCCGAGGUCAAUGGUAGUCGUGCUAGGACAGGUCCCACAGAGCCGGAAGAGUCGAAUCCGUAUCAGGAAGCCUCUGGAAGUUCGCAGGUGAGCGGAAGUCAGAGUGGAGGGAGUUUGAAUGGCCUGGCUGGAGACGGCGAAGGGGAUACCUCUGCUGAGGUGGACGAGAGCAUGCUCAUCAGUCAGGAGCUCACGUCUGUUUUCGAGAAUGACGAGUCUGAGUGGAGUAGGAAAUUCGGUCGGGGCCCGGAGGGUGAUGAGGGCGAGGGUGAGUGGCCGGAGGAUGGCGCCGACCUGCAGGCUGAAGAAGAUGGACUACGAAGUGUUACCGCUACGCCUACGAGGCGAGACGCUUCCUUGGGCAGUUUGAAUUCAUCCACGCCCAACCUCGCUAUGACCAUAGGCUCGGAUAGUCCGUUGAAGCAUUCUACAAUCACCAAUGUCAAGAACCCAUUCCAACAGAUCUUUACUCAACUGGCAGGAGAACAGAAGGAUCAAAUUGACCCCCUUGAUGAGGUCACGCCAAAGACCAGUGGGCGAAUGGGACUCUCGAAUCUAGCAAGCUUGCCGAGCUCUGAGGUGAUACUCACAGAGCAACGAUCGUUUCAGAAAUCUUUGGAAGCCGCCAAGGACGAUGCUCUGUCCGCGAAUUCUGACUAUGAUACAGAUGAUGUACCCCGGACGGGCAUUUUUCACGAUGGAACGAACUUGCCUGAAGUACCGACUGCUCCCGACGACAAUAUCUUUGACGAUCCAGACAUUUCGGUAGUAGAAUUUCCGAGCAGCGCUUCCAACCAUCCGCCUCCAGCCCAGGUUGAAACCGAGGAGACCAGGCCUAGAAAACGAAUGAAAUUUACACAUGACAUUACGACCGACUCCGAAAUACCCUCCUCUCCCUUUAUACCCACCCAACACUUGACUUUUGCCCCUACCGCAACUUUCACGCCACGCCGAGGACCAGCUUCGACUCCGAAACCUAGCCUAAUCUCGUCCUCACGACAACCGCAUGAUAAAUCCCGUGGUAGAAAUAAGUCUAAUAUGUACGAGUACGCCGUCCAUCCACCAACAUCAGCUUCUCUCCUUUCGACGCUCUCGGACUAUGGCCUUCGCCAGAAGAUAUAUCGAGCUCCUCAUUACUCUAAGCGCGCAGACGUGCCCGCCCGGGCAAAAGAGUACGGUGGACUGAGAUUUCAUCUACGGGGCGGAGAUGGAUACGGGGAACUGGAGGAAUGGAAUACUGAUUCAUCUGAGUUUGAACUACCUUCACGGCAUAAAGGUGGAACGUCGAAAGGGUUUGACCCCACGGGAGUGGGAGGAUGGGAGUAUGUGGGUGGAGCACCUCCGGCUGGGAGGGAGGUGCGGGACUGGUUGAGGAUGAAAGGAAGUAGGAGGAAGAUCGACGGACCUACGCAGCUUCAUCCCUUUGGACUGAAGACAUCCCCUCCCGAUGCACAGGCGCAGGACAGUAUGCGUGAGCGUCAGAGCAUAACUGUGUUCUCACUUGAAGUUUUCGCUCCUUCACGCGGAGGCCUCCUCCCUGAUCCAGACGAGGAUCAGGUCGCGCUCGUCUUCUAUGCCUUCCAGGAUUCAAACGAUACCACAUCAUCCCAAUACCGAACAGGGAUUGUUGCCACUAGACAUGCGCACACGGAUCCUCGUAGGAUGCGCGACUUCCAGCUUGAUGUCGUCGAUGAUGAAUUGGACCUGCUCAACAGUCUCGUUGAUAUUGUGCUCGAGUUGGACCCCGACGUGAUCGUAGGUUGGGAGAUCCAGAAUGCUUCGUGGGGAUAUCUGAAGGCUCGUGGAAAUCAUUACGGUUUCGAUAUUGAAGAGCAUCUUUCUCGUGCUCCACCGUUGCAAUCCAUGCAUGCACAGGGGAGUGAACAAUGGGGCAUGCGCACAACCUCGACACUACAUAUUGUCGGACGACAUGCUCUGAAUGUGUGGAGAAUCAUGCGUGUAGAACUUAGCCUAGGGAUGUAUACAUUUGAGAAUACCGUUUUUCAUGUGCUUCGGCAACGGGUACCUAUGUAUAAGGCCGGGACAUUGACAGAGUGGUACAAUAGCGAGCAUCCUAGUCAUAUGGCUACACUCGUACGAUAUUUCUCCAGUCGGACUUUGAUGGUAUUGCAGAUUUUGGACGAAGCGGAGACUAUAACGAAGACUGCGGAAUUCGCUCGCGUCUUCGGUGUAGAUUUCAUGGACGUUCUUAACCGCGGCUCGCAAUUCAAAGUCGAAGCUUUCAUGCUCCGGAUAGCGAAGCCGGAGAGCUUUGUCCUGCUCUCACCUAGCAAAGCAGAUGUCGGAAAGCAAAAUGCUGCAGAGUGCAUGCCACUGAUCAUGGAACCACAAUCGGCGUUCUACUCAAGCCCUGUCGUUGUACUGGACUUUCAGAGCCUCUAUCCUUCGAUCAUGAUAGCUUACAACUAUUGUUACUCGACAUGCCUCGGCCGUGUCACGGACUUUAAAGGCCAGAACAAGUUCGGCGUGACCGAGCUAGAGCGACCUGCCGGACUACUUGAUACCCUUCAGGACUACAUCAAUGUCGCUCCGAACGGGAUGAUGUAUGUCAAGCCUCAAGUGCGGAAGGGCUUGCUUGGAAGAAUGCUUACAGAGCUGCUGGAGACGAGGGUCAUGGUGAAACAGGCCAUGAAGGGAGUCAAGGACAACAAGACUUUGAGGAGGACCCUCGACGCAAGACAGUUGGGCCUGAAGUUUAUCGCAAAUGUGACGUAUGGGUACACCAGCGCUUCCUUUUCAGGACGGAUGCCUGCCGUUGAGGUUGCUGAUAGUAUAGUUCAGAGUGGGCGAGAAACUCUGGAAAAGGCAAUCUCACUCAUCGAGUCAACGAGGAAAUGGGAUGCCAAGGUCGUUUAUGGCGACACCGAUUCCUUGUUUAUCUACCUUCCGGGAAGAACGAAGGACCAGGCUUUCCGGAUAGGCCACGACAUCGCGGACACAAUUACCAAGCUGAAUCCUCCGCCUGUGAAGUUGAAGUUUGAGAAGGUUUAUUCCGGCUGUGUUUUGUUAGCCAAGAAACGCUAUGUGGGCUUCAAGCACGAGAAUCCGGAUGACCUCGAACCAGUCUUUGAUGCCAAAGGUAUCGAGACCGUUCGAAGAGAUGGCAUCCCAGCGCAGCAGAAAAUGACGGAGAAUACGCUGAAGAUACUCUUUCGAACACAGGACUUGAGUGCGGUAAAGGAAUAUUGCUGUCAAUCAUGGGCGAAGCUCUUGGAAAACCGAGUAUCUGUGCAGGACUUUAUCUUUGCUCGGGAGGUGAAGAUGGGGACGUACAGUGAAAAAGUUCCUCCCCAGCCUGGAGUCGCUGUCGCUGCACAACGACUGUUGCAAGACCCCAUGGACGAGGCAGCUUACGGCGAUCGAGUACCAUAUGUUAUCACAAGAGGAGAACCACACACACGCUUGGUUGAUCGCGCUGUGGCUCCGGAGGUCGUACUUCAUUCCAGGAGCAAAUAUCUAGAUGGACACUAUUACAUCUCUAGGGUGCUGAUACCGCCUUUGGAACGAAUCUUCAACCUCGUGGGUGCAGAUGUUCGCGGAUGGUACGAUGGGAUGUCGAGAAAGAUACGAGCCGAAAACGGAGACCCUUUACUUUCGACCCCGAAGAAGCCUGAAGUCAUCGAACCAGAUAUGGAUGCCCCAGAGAAACCGAAGAUAGACGAACACUUCCACAGCGUGCAGUGCAUGACUUGUGAUGCGUUGACUCCGUACGGGAUCUGCGAAGACUGCAGAGCAAGACCACAGGCGACAGCCGCAGCGUUACUCUCGCGCCUGCACCUUGCUGAAGACAGGUUGCGUUCCGUGCACGAACUAUGUGCGUCGUGCACGGCUGUAAGUCCACUCGAGCCCGUGCGAUGUGAGUCUCUGGAUUGCCAGUAUUUCUACGAGCGCAAGAAAUGCGAGACGAGGGUGGCGGACUCAAGAUCGGCUGUUCUUCAGCACUUGGUAGACUCGGAGCAGACUGAUUCACCUCUGCCCAGUCAAUAAUGUACGCGGCGGUGGCGGUGGAGACACAGAUGUUCUCGUACUCAGAUACGAUGCGCACUGUGGUGCAUGAUCUCCCAUAGUAUCUGCUCGUUAAUAUUGUACUACAUCAUACCUAUGGCCCCGUGUACUAGCUGUCCGAUUUUGUUACUCUGCCUCUGUCUCUUUACUUGUUUGUUACCUAUUGAGCUAUUUUCGUACUCUUUGUAUACACAAAGUACUUACCCAGUAUAUCAAGCGGUUUUUUGUAUUAACAUUGACUGUUGUUC